GCACAAGAACGAUUUGAAGCCAUCAGUAAUAAACAUAGAGCAUCAGCUAGUAAAUAUUUGAAACAAGUAGAACUAUCUGAUGAUGAAGAUGAAGGAGAAGAAGAAGAAUUAAAAGAUAAUAUUAUAGAAUCUAUAUUCAAAUCAUAUUCUAAUUCUAAUGAUAAUGGAGAGAAAGAGUGGAAGCAUAAAGCUCAAGAUGAUUUGAUUCAUUCAUUCCGUUCUGCUACCUCAGCUUGUCUAGUUUGUAUUGAAACUAUUAGGAAAGAAGAAGCUAUUUGGUGUUGUCGUGGAUGUUCUGGAAUGUUUCAUAUAACCUGUAUACAGAAAUGGGUGAAAGAAGGAGCAUAUCAGUUUAAUUAUAAAUCAGAUAAUGAUGUACCUACAGCUAACAUUCCAUGGUAUUGUCCAAAAUGCCGUCAUGAAUAUGAACAGAAAGAUUGUCCAAGUAAAUAUUAUUGUUUUUGUGGUAAAGUAGCGGAUCCACCAUUUGAUCCCUGGUUAGUACCACAUUCUUGUGGUCAGACAUGUAAUCGAAGACUAAAACCAGACUGUGGCCACACUUGUCUUCUACUCUGUCAUCCAGGUCCUUGUCCAUCAUGUCCUAAGACAAUCAAAUCAACAUGUUAUUGUGGUAAACAAUCACCUCAGAUGAAAAGAUGUAGCAAUAGAUAUUGGGCGUGUAGUUCUAAAUGUGGUAAAUUAUUAUCUUGUAAUCAACAUUCUUGUCAACAAAUAUGUCAUGAGGGUGAAUGUGCACCAUGUACUAAAACCAGUGAACAGUUUUGUCGGUGUGGUAGACAUAGUGAAAUAAGACCUUGUUCUAGUCCAGAUUGGAAAUGUAAAGAGGUGUGUAAUAAAGUUUUGAACUGUAAAAACCAUGUUUGUGAAAAGAUUUGCCACAGUGGUGAUUGUGGUAAUUGUCCUAGAUUAGGUCUCAGAUCAUGUCCUUGUGGCAAAACACAAUUUGAAUUACCUUGUACAGAAGAUAUACCUCCAUGUGGUGAUACUUGUGAAAAAUUACUGGCUUGUGGUCAACAUAAAUGUCUUGAGAGAUGUCACACUGGACCUUGUACACCUUGUCAACAUAUAACUGUUAAGAGAUGCCGAUGUGGUAGGAAACAAAAAGAAACGUUAUGUAGUAAAGAAUUUAACUGUGAUUCUAAAUGUAAUAAACAGAAAAAUUGUGGACGACAUCAAUGUAGGAAAAAGUGCUGUAAAGGUAAUUGUCCACCAUGUGAUCAGAUUUGUGGUAAACCAUUAGGUUGUAAAAAUCAUAAAUGUGCCAGUCCUUGUCAUAGUGGUCCAUGUUAUCCAUGUCCACUAGCUGUUCAUGUUUUCUGUUAUUGUAAAUGCACUAAAAUAACAGUACCAUGUGGAAAAGAAAAAAAAACCAGGAAACCUAAAUGUCACCAGUUAUGUAGAAAACCACCAACUUGUCAUCAUGAAGUUCAAAGUAAACAUAGAUGUCAUUUUAAUGAAUGUCCACCAUGCCGUCAAAUUUGUGGAUUAAAACUACCACAUUGUCAACAUGCAUGUCCUUUAUCUUGUCAUGAUGAGGUCAAGGUGAAAACCAUAGAAAAGACUGCAAGAAUUGGACCUUGGGAUCCUAAACCUAGAGAAGUUGUAGAAAUAGUUCAGAAACCUUGUGCAUCCUGUAAAGUGUUAUUACCACAGUCCUGUCUUGGAAACCAUGAGAUAAGUCAAGUAGAGUGUAGUAAACUUGGAGUAUAUAGCUGUCAUCAACCGUGUGGUAGAUUAUUAGAUUGUACUAACCAUACCUGUACAUUAACUUGUCAUAAUGUACUCUCACCUAAAGAUAGUCUGUCAGCUGGAACAAACUGUCAAUCAUGUGAUGAACUAUGUAUGAAAGAACGACCACCAGGUUGUAAUCAUUCCUGUCCUCUACCUUGUCAUGCUGGUGACUGUCCUCCGUGUCAGUUUACUGUUAAAACCAGGUGUCACUGUAAUUCUAUAAUAAAACAAAUACCAUGUUUAGAAUGGGCGUCUGCUACACCAGAAACUAAAGCUACUCUCAAAUCUUGUGGCGCUAGAUGUCCUAAAGAUAUGGCCUGUGGUCACCGCUGUUUAUCACCAUGUCAUAAUGGAACCUGUCCUGAAGUUAAAUGUCAACAACUUAUCAAAGUAACAUGUCGAUGUAAACGAUUAAGUAGACAAGCUAUUUGUUUUGACCACCAUGGUAAAAAGAAAUAUAUAGAUUGUGAAGCUGAAUGUGAAAGAAUUAAAGCUGAGAAAAAAGCUAAGGAUGAAGCAGAAAGAUUAAAAAAAGAAGAACGGGAGAGAAAGGAAAGAGAAGAACUUGAAGCAUUUGAGAGAAAGACAAAAGGUAGAAAAAGACGGCAACGUAAAGAAUAUGAAGAAGUUAUAGAACCAUCAUGGUGUAGUAAACAUGGUAAAACUGUUCUUGUAACUAUUUCUCUUAUAUUAGGCAUUUUAUUGUUCUGUUAUUUUGUCUACACGUGUAUUGAUUAA